AUGGUUUUUGCUGGCGGCAUGGCCCCCAUGAAGAUGCGCCUUUCGUCUACAGCGGCGUUCUUCGUGUCCCUGGCGCUGCAACUGCAGCUUUCGACAGCACAGGUUCGGGUGGUUGCGCCGCGCGCACUCAAGCAGGAGUUUCAGAGCACAGGGGGCAGGAUCGAUGGCUCGACUGCGACCUUCGGGGCACCGUUCUACGGUGACAGCUUCCUGGGUCGGCUCGUGUACGGCGACUCCAAGGGGGAGUUGCAUUGCACGGACGAGGAUUACACCGUGCCUGACCCCGUGGAGUAUACUCCAGAAGGCAAGAGCUACAAAGAGGUUUCGCUCAUCAACAUCGUUCUCGUGGAGCGGGGGGGCUGCUCCUUCGUGACGAAGGUGAAGGUGGCGAGGAAAAAGCAUGCACACGCAGUGAUCAUCGUAGACAAGAAGGACUCGCAGCUGACGUCCCAAGACCUCCGCAACAUCAUCGUGGCCGAUGAUGGUUACGGUGCGAACAUCCACAUCCCCUCGGUUCUGAUCUCCCGUGGGGACGAUCCCGCACGCUUUGACUUCUUAGUUUGGGAUGCGUGCAAGUCUCGCGAUUAUUGCAAGACGGCCCGGAGGCGCAUCUCUGACUUGGCUGCAGUCGGCGUCCUGCGAGCCAUGUCUUUCCCUCACAGCCACGACUUCUCCGAGGGCCCGCCGCCGGCGGAGCUGGUUGAGGAGGUGCGACAGCUGCGCUGCCCGGUGGGGGUUUGCCUGGUCGCUUUCCUUCUCUGCGUGCUGGGCCAGGCAUGGUGCGCCGUGGAUGGUUGGAACGUGUAUGGCGCAGGUGCAGACAUCCCGGCGCAAUGCAGGGCGAUGAAGUACUGGCUCAGCGCCUACCUCGCCUCCACCUUGCUGCCCUUAACGACCUCCAUGGCCCUGGCGCUGCCACUGGGCGUGCUGGCGAUGGCUACGGGCACCGUGGUGCGUGCAGUAGCACCUGCCAGUUGCGAGGACGAGGCAUCUGCCCUAUGGCACUUCAUAGACGAAGUUGGUGUCACGGGCCUGGUAUGUUUGCUCGGAUUGACGAUCAUUGUGGCGCUCUGCGCGGCCACCAUCUUGCCAGCGAUUCGCCUCAUCGACGCCCGCUGGGGCAUGUCCGGAUCGGCUGUGGCGGAGGUGAUCGAGGCGAUCCAACAGGACCCAGCUCCGGAGGUGUCUCCGGAGACGGGGCCCUGCAAUCUGCGCGACAAGAAGCCACACUCAAUUUAUUUGAAGGAGGGCGCCUCCAGGAGUGUCUUCUGGAAUGGGUGGGCCGCAAGCUUCGGUGCCCUCUAUGCCGCCUUGCUCCUGGGACCGCUUUAA